UUCUUUCUUUUUCUCCCGGCCCCGGAGGCCGGAAUGGAGACAACCCGUCGCCCUGGCGCGGCCCCGCACUUUGAUUCCCUCUGCCCUGCGCGCCGCCCGCUACGGGACGCCAGCAAGUACCAGCAACCCGACAACCGAAGACGGCGAGCGCGACCACUUCGCUGCAUUGCAUUGCCCCCCGCCCGCGUGUCAUCACCGUUAUCAGUUAUCCCUUCGAGCUUCCAGUUCCCACUCACCGACUCUGCCCGCCCGCCCGCCCGCUCGGCCUCACCUGAAAUUAUUGCGUGGGUCUGACGUGAUGAUCCAGGGCGUCCUCUCGCGCGCGCCCGCCACCGACGCGGCGGCGGCAGCGAUGAAGGCCAAGCGGGCGGCGUCGAUCCCCGAGGACGAAGACAGCGCGCGGGGGAAGCGGCUGCAGCUGCACGACUCCGCCGCCGAGCAGGGACCGGGGCUGGCGGCAGCCUCCGCCGCGGAGACGCGCGGGCUGCGGCUGCUGCGACUUCUGCUCCGGUGCGCGGAGGCGGUGGCGGCGGACCAGCUCCCGGAGGCGCGGGACAUGCUGCAGGAGAUCGCGGAGCUGGCGUCCCCGUUCGGGUCCUCGCCGGAGCGCGUGGCGGCCUACUUCGGGGACGCGCUGUGCGCGCGCGUGCUGAGCUCCUACCUGGGCGCCUACUCGCCGCUGCUGGCCGCCAGCCCGCUGGCGGCCGCGCAGAGCCGCCGCGUCUCCUCGGCCUUCCAGGCCUACAACGCGCUCUCGCCGCUCGUCAAGUUCUCGCACUUCACCGCCAACAAGGCCAUCCUGCAGGCGCUCGACGGCGAGGACCGCGUGCACGUCGUCGACCUCGACAUCAUGCAGGGGCUGCAGUGGCCGGGGCUGUUCCACAUGCUCGCCUCCCGCCCCUGCAGGCCGCUCUCGCUCCGCGUCACCGGCCUCGGCGCCUCGCUCGACGUCCUCCACGCCACCGGCCGCCGCCUCGCCGACUUCGCCGCCUCCCUCGGCCUGCCGUUCGAGUUCCACCCCAUCGAGGGCAAGAUCGGCCACGUCGCCGACGCCGCCGCCCUCCUCGGCCACCACCACCGGGAAGCCACCGUCGUGUACUGGAUGCACCACUGCCUCUACGACGUCACCGGCUCCGACGUCGGCACGGUGCGCCUGCUCAAGAGCCUGCGCCCCAAGCUGGUCACCAUCGUGGAGCAGGACCUGGGCCACAGCGGCGACUUCCUCGGCCGGUUCGUCGAGGCGCUGCACUACUACUCGGCGCUGUUCGACGCGCUGGGCGACGGCGCCAGCGCGGGCGCCGCGGAGGAGGAGCGGCACGCGGUCGAGAGGCUGCUCCUGGGCGCGGAGAUACGGAACAUCGUGGCCGUCGGCGGGCCCAAGCGGACGGGGGAGGUGCGGGUAGAGCGGUGGGGCGACGAGCUGCGGCGCGCCGGGUUCAGGCCGGUGUCCCUCACCGGGGCUCCCGCCGCGCAGGCCAGGCUGCUCCUCGGCAUGUACCCGUGGAAGGGCUACACGCUGGUGGAGGAGGACGGCUGCCUCAAGCUCGGCUGGAAGGACCUCUCGCUACUCACCGCCUCGUCGUGGGAGCCGACGACAGCGGAAGACGGCCUCGUCGUCGUCGCUGCUGCUGCACGGCAAGAAGGCCAAGAUUCUUGAUCAAUCUUGCUGCCAUUUUGGCUCGUAAUUAAGUUUGUGAAUAAUGGUAUAGACGACUUCAUCGAUCAUUCGUUAUAUCUUCAGGUUCAGAUUAAGUAUCCGAUUUUGGCGCUUCCAAGCUCACUCUUGUUUCUGAAUGAGAAAUACACAACUGGACCUGCAGCCUAAUCGACACUAAAUUGGAUUUCAGAGCCAGAAAUAGAGUUUUGGAUAGGGAGGUGAGGUGAUAGUAGAGGCUGAGUUGGCCGGACGGCCCGUUUCUGUUAAGUUAAUGUUAGAGUAAGCAUCAUCUCAGGAAAGAAAGAAAAUGAUGUUAGAGUAAGCACCAUCUUCUGUUAUGCGAGAGUGACAGCUUAAUCAGGACAAUAGUAGAGACAGCUUACCUGUCAGCCCUCUCCUUCUGGAUGUCUACACUCUACAGAUUACACUGUCAGUUGUCUCUUUGUGUAACCACUUCUGAGAAGUUACCGAUACAAGAUAGUGACUGCU